AUGAUCAUAGCAUUGGGAUUACUGGGUGUCGCUAGAGUGGUGACAAGCAGUAUCAGCGUUGAUCUUCCAGCCGAAGCUCACAACGAUCUGUCAGACACUGGUGCCAGCGUCACGUUUCCUCCUCCACGUCAAACCCAGCAACGUACGCACGAUCCGAGCAUUAUUUUGGUCGGCAACACAUUUUAUCUCUACAAUGUGGGGGAACACAUCAUCAUCCAUACGGCCUCAAAAUUGAAUGGGCCGUGGAAGCGUGUUGGAAGUGUGCUGGACGAAAACAGUGUGAUUCCAAAAGGAGACCGCGCUGCCCCCUGGGCCCCUACAGUGGUUGCAUUCCAGGAAACUUUCUACUGCUACUACAGCGUGAGCAAGGCUGGCUGUCGCGACAGUGCUGUGGGCGUGGCUACUUCCGACUCACCGGGCCCCGGCUCCUGGCUUGAUCAUGGAAUUGUUGUUCAAACCGGAACCGGCAAGUAUUCGGAUAGAGCACCAUACAAUGUCUCCAACGCGAUUGACCCUGCAACCCUGAUCCUGACCGACGGUUCCGCCUACUUGACAUAUGGAAGCUAUUGGACGGGGAUCUACCAGGUGCCACUGACCAAGGAUCUGCUUUCACCAGUCAGCACCACCCAGCCAGACACUCGACAUCUCGCCUACGAGCCUCAAGCUCUGGGCCCCCCCAAUCCCAACGCAGAUUCGAUCUGUGGGGAUCCGACCGGCCCUCACGCCAUCGAGGGCGCAUUCACGUCCUACCAUUCCCCGUACUAUUACCUCUGGUUGAGUCAUGGCCGAUGCUGCGAUCUAGAUCGUGGCACGCUGCCUACCGAAGGUGCAGAAUACAGUAUUCGCGUGGGUCGAUCUCAGAGUCCCCGCGGUCCCUAUUUCGACAGAAAUGGAACUGAUCUGGUCAACGGCGGUGGCACGGUCAUCUACGGUUCCAAUGGGGAUACUUAUGCUCCUGGAGGCCAGGGCGUGAUUCAAGUGAACGGGACGGAUUUUUUAUACUACCAUUAUCGUGAGUCACAGCCCGACUAG